AUAGAGCCUCCAUACAUUGCUUUCAAUUUUACACAAUGGAUAUGGCAGCGCAUGCGAAUAUGUCUGUUUAUGAUGAAUUUCGGUCCAACCUGUAUGACAAAAACUAUGAUAACUUUGCUAAUUUAUACGAUACCUAUAUAAAAUAUAGCACUCCUAUAGCACUCCUCGAUAACGUAGCAUUCUACUGGUGAAAGAAUUUUUGAAAUCGGAUCAGUAGUUCCGAAGAUUACCCCAUUUAAAGAAUGUCACAAACUUACAAACUUAGACAAAGUCGCGGACGUCCGCUAGUAGUUCAUAAUAUGAAGUGGAGUCGCCGCACUGUCCUACUCACUUCUCGUGGUGGUCAGCAUCUGCCGCUAUUGGUUGACAUCGAAACGCCGAAACCCGCUACUUGUGGAACGACAACUCAUCACUUUCUCCCUUCAUUUGGAAAGCGCCGCACGUAUCCUCAAAGGGGUUGACUUCAGAAGCGGAUUUAAAGAGCAAAACACGAUUAUUUAAUGGGAAAUUUUGACUCGAUCGAUCGACGACGCUCACCUUCACCGCUCAAGUUGUUAUCCGGCUAUCCCAAAAUAAUCCAUGAAGGAUUAACUAACAAAAGGUGAGGACGGAUCGAAUGUCACGAUAAGAAUGAGCUAGACCUAUAUCACCAGGUCUCCCUCUGCUCCCCACAUAACUCACGGAACACUUCGUUCUGUCUCGGUGACGACACACGCAUAAACUGCAGGCCGGCGGGCGGCGGCGCGGCGCGCGUGUGCGUGUGGACGGCGCUGGGCGCGCUGGCCGGCGCCGCGCUGCCCACGGGCGCGCCGGCGCUGGCCGCGCUGCUGCUGCCGCGCGCGCACCGCUGCCCGCGCACGUUGCUCGUGCUGACCGCCGACGCGCUGCAGGUGUGGCAGGCGCAGGCCGACUGACGCACACACACGCACACACGCACACACGGGCGGACAGGCGCUCUCCGCGCCCUCGUGAGGUUCACAGUUCACAAGUCACGUCACAGUCGAUACAUUUACAUGAUCCGGACAAGUAUCAUGGCGCUCCGCCUGCUGCCCGCCCGCCUGCCGCCCGCCCGCCUGGUGACCGCGCGAGCGCUGGCGCACGAGGCGCGGGCGCCCUGCACGCCCGCCGCGCGGCCGCCGCACGACGCGCGCGACGCGGGCGCGCCGGCGCCGUGCCAGCCCGCCGCGCGGCCGCCGUGUCGCGCGCCCGCCGCUCGCCCCGCCGCCGGCCUGCGCGUGACGUGCUGCCCGGCCGGCCGCGGCGCGCGCCCGCCCUGCGCCCGCCCGCCGCCGCCGCCGCCGCUCGCCUGCUCCGACCUGGCGCGGACGGAAGAUCCCCAGGGUAGCGCCCCGGACGCUGCGACGGCCGGCGGCGGCGCGUGCGGCGCGCGGCUCGACCUGGUGGCGCGCCGGCUCGCGGCCGCAGAGCGCGCGCGCCGCGCCGCCUACGAGAACGAGCUGGCCGCGCGCCAGCCGCGCGUCGCGCCGCCGCGCCGCGCCUACCGCCUGGCGGCCGCGCGCGAGUGCCUGCGCGCCACGGACGGGCGCCGCUACUCGGUGCGCGACGCGGCCGCGCCGGCGCGCUGCGGGCCGGGCCGCCAGGCGCCGGCGCCCCGCGCCGUGCUCGUCGAGCCCUUCGACGCGUGCCGGCCGAGCCUCGACCGUCGGCCGGACCCGUGCGCUCACCGACCAAAAAUAUUCCUCGAAGUCGAUCGUGCAUCUGCCCCCGCCCCGAGCCCCGCGCCGCCCGCGCACGAGCUCGCGGAAACGCGGCGAGAGGUGGGCUCCGCCGUGAGCCCGUCGCCCGCCGCCGGGCUGCUGCGCCGGCUCGCGGGCGUCGGGCGCGGAUCGACGGGCCGGCGCCGGCUGCACACGGAGACCGCGGCGUGCGGGGCGAGCCCGGCCUCGCCGGGGGUGACCGAACGCAGCUCGGAGGUCGCGCUGCGAGAGCGGGGGCGGUGGGCGGAGGCGGCGCGAGGCCGCGAGCUGGCGCCGGCGGGCGGGGCGCUGGAGCUGCGCGUGCCGCCGUCCGCCGAGGCGCUGCGCGUGCGCGUGUCGGUCGACUUCGCCGCGGCGACGCCUCGUCCCUCCGCCGCCCGCGCCCCGGACACUCGAGCUCUCUCCUGUGUUUCCGACGCUCGUGGUCCAGAUUCUUGGCUGUCGAUAAAAAAAAUACAUAAAAGAAUUACAGACGGAUGGAGAGAUGUCGAAGGCUCGAAGUCGAAGAAGCGACCGCAGGAGUGCUCGACGACGCGACCGGCGGCGCCCGCGCCGAGCCCCAGCCGCACACCAGCCGCGCGGCAGCCGUGCGGUCCGUGCGGACCGCGCCCGUCGCAGGACAAGUCGCGACUUCAUCAGGGCACGACUUUAUUCUUGUGCAAUAACGAAUUGCUUGCGAGUGAUAAAAAUAAAUUCUAGUGAAAUGCUU